GUGUAGCGGUCACGUGGGAGGGCGGCCGCUCUUCCCGUUCUGCUCUCUUGUCCUGCGCGUCCUCCGCCCCCCCAACCCCUUAUUCAGUCCUAAAGGUGACGGCUGGGAAUGGGAGUGUUGGGUCUGCGCUAGAAUCGAGGCCAGCCUCUUUGAUUGACACUAUCCCACAGAGUGGUGGGAGUGGAAAGCAGCAUUGCCUUGCAAAGCGCGUUGCUGUAUGAGUACGGGUCCUUGAUUAUAGUAAUCAGAAUUUAUUUAUAUCCCAUUUAUUAUUUUUACAAAUAACUCAAGGCGGCGAACAUAUGCAACACAUCUUCCUCCUCCUAUUUCCCCCACCACAACAACCCUGUGAGGUGAGUUGGGCUGAGAGUGAGUGACUGGCCCAAGGUCACCCAAAUACGGAAUCACCUUCUUACGACAAGUCUUAAAUUCUUCUUAAAAUGUCUGUCAGUAGUAAAAUAAUUUAUCUAAUGAAUAAAGUACCUGGAAAGAAACGAUUUGGUAUCUACAGAUUUCUUCCUUUCUACUUCAUUCUCGGUGGUGCUAUGGAAUGGUUUAUGAUUAAUGUUCCAGUCGGCAAUCAGACCUUUUAUGAUGUUUAUCGUAGAAAAGAGGCCGAGAAAUAUUACCAGAAAUUGAAAGAAAAGUGAAUUCCACACUGAAUCAUCUGUACAUAAUGGAUUCUAAACUAAUAAAUGAAACUAAGUUUCAAAGUUUGCUAAAAUAUGAAUACCGGCUGUAUUUUGUUCAGUGAAAUGUAUUUUUGUAAUCUUUCUUAUUUUGAGUAAAAAAAAUAAUUAUGUAUUUUGGUGAACUCAAGUGCCAUCAGGUUGGUAUUGACUUCAGUGACCACAUAAAUCAUCUCCAAGUGUAUCUGUCCCCAUCCUGAUCCUUCAGGACUUUCAGUGGUGUACUCUGCUGCUGUAAUUGAAGUGCUCAGAUCUUAAGGUAAAAGUUUCCCCCGUCUAGUUGUUUCUAAGGGGUGGGACUCAUCUCCAUUUCUUAGCCGAAGGAGCCAGCAUUGUGCGAAGACAUUUCUGUGGUCAUAUGGUCAGCAUGACUAUAACUCAGAUCUACUCAUAUAUUAAAUAACAGUAAGAUUGGUUACUUGUUGCAUUUUAGAAAAUGUUGUUUUAGAACUGUUGCUUUGUGACAUUUCAUUAUUGAUUUAUCAUUUUUUGUAAAUAUACACAAUCACAUGUUUAUGUAUUAUUAAAGUAAAAGGAAUUAUUUUACUGUU